AUGACUGCAGCGAAAUGUAGGGACGAUGUCACGAAUGAGUUUCAUCCGUUUCAAGAAGCAACGAUCGGAGUCAGCUUUCUCAGCAAAACCGUCAUCUGUAUUGAUACGAACAAAGCCAUCAAAUUGAAAAUAUGGGAUACCGCAGGUCAAGAACGCUAUCAGUCUUUGACCCCACUAUAUUUCCGAGGCGCCGGGGCUGCCAUUCUUGUAUACGACAUUUGCCGCCGACAUUCAAAACAUCUUGCUAUUCCGGACAAUAGAUCCGUGAGCGAAGAAGAAGCCCGAGAGUUUUCGCGCUCUAUUAGUGCUUACUACACGGAAACGUCGGCCCGCAACAAUCAGAAUAUAGCGGAACUCUUUCAAGAGCUAGCGCGUCAAUCAGCCGCCACGCUUGUUAACGAAGACUCGCUUACAGUUAACGACAACACCGUAGAUUUUAGUGCAAGUGAGGUACCAAAAAAAACAUGUUGCCUCUGA